AUGCUCCCGGCUGUCAGAUGCAGAGCGUCUCCUUCAUACGUGGCCUUCCGGCAGAGCAUCCUCCGCCCACAGCGCACCUACGCUACGCAGACACAGGAAGUACCCGCGAGGUCCACGCCGAAGAAUGUCCAGGCGGUCCGACGACCUGGCGUACGCGGAAACAAGGCCGCCUAUGAGUCCCGCGCACGCGCCCAGCAGGCCGCCGCAGGGUUAUCACCGAACAUGAGCGAGGAGGAGCAACAGCUGAAGCAGUUGGAGAUGAUGGAACGGUACCAGGAGAUGUACCCCUCUCUUGACAUUUACGAUCAGAAUGUGCCCACUAUGGAUGUCUACAUCCCCAAACCGGUUAGGGGAGGACCGCUCACGGAGAUACAUCGACGGAUAGGAGAUAAUUUGUGGAACUGGGGUCACAAUGCCCUUGCUCUACACCGACUUUCAAAAAAACUUGCGGUGCCUGAGUUCCCGGAAGCGUCCCCGUGGUCGAAGAAUAUCUUCCAGUUGGCGUCCACCAAGCCCAACGCUUACAUGGCCAACUUCCGCCGUUUGACAAAGGACCUCUAUUCGAAAAUCAAUGUGGCGGUUGCCGCUGGCGAUGAGAACACGAUCAAGCAGCUGGCCAUACCGCCUUACCGUGACCGUCUACUCACUCACAUUCGCCGGAGGCAGUCCGAAGACCGAUUAUAUGAAUGGAAGUUGCAUCGAGAGUUAGCUCCAAAUUCAGUAAUCAGUCUUCGUGCUCAGGAGCUCUACAUGUCGACCAAACCGCCGGUGACGGGUCAACGAUGGCUCAUACACGCGUUGGUCAGGUUUGAUAGUUUACAGACGUUGUCAACCUACAACCGCAGAGGCAUGCUCAUCAAGCGCACUGACCCCAAAGAAGUCAAAGAUUACCUCGUCUUCGAGAAAAAGACAUGGCUGUCUGACUCCCGCUGGCAGAUCCGGGAUCAAUUGUAUGAGUCGCUGAAUACGCGCGCCAUACCACUAGCCGAGUAUCACCGGGGUUGA